CGCGACACUUCGUCGCUUCGUCCUUCCGCUCAUCAACGAUACCUGCCCUUUGCACUCGCCAGUCUUUCGCCUCCCCGCCGUCACCGUAUACCGACCACCAUGACUAUUCCUCUCAAUGGCACCACUCAUAUUCACGAUGAGAUCGAGGCCCCUGCUCGUCCAAGAGAUGUUGGUAUCCUCGCGAUGGAGAUGUAUUUCCCUCGUCGGUGCAUCUCGGAGGAGGAAUUGGAAGAGUUCGAUGGCGUCUCGAAGGGAAAAUAUACCAUUGGCCUUGGGCAAAAGUUCAUGGCAUGCUGCGAUGACCGUGAAGACAUCAAUACCUUCGCACUGACCGCUGUCAACAACCUGCUCGAGAAGUACGACGUGGACCCAAAGUCGAUCGGUCGCAUUGACGUCGGCACGGAAACCAUCAUCGACAAGUCAAAAGCAACCAAGACCGUGCUCAUGGACCUUUUCGCCGAGGCCGGCAACUCGGACAUCGAGGGUGUAGACUCGAAGAACGCGUGCUACGGUUCGACUGCCGCGCUGUUCAACGCCGUCAACUGGGUCGAGUCGUCAUCGUGGGAUGGCCGGAACGCGAUUGUCGUCGGCGGCGACAUUGCCAUCUAUGCUGAAGGUUCUGGUCGGCCGACGGGCGGUGCUGGUGCUUUCGCGAUGCUGAUCGGCCCCAAUGCGCCUCUUGUGCUCGAACCCAUCCAUGGCACGCACAUGGUCAACACGUAUGACUUUUACAAGCCAAAGCUUGACUCGGAGUAUCCCCAGGUCGACGGUCCGCUCUCCAUCACCACCUACGUCUCCGCCAUCGAUGCCGCCUACUCUGCGUUCCGCCGGAAACACGCGCGUGCGAAGAAGACCGCGAGUCUGAACGGCAAUGGCGAUGCGGCGGCACUCGCUUCGUUCUCUCUGGAGGAUGUCGACUACCCCGUCUUCCACAGUCCCUACGGCAAGAUGGUGCAGAAAGCACACGCACGCCUUGUUUACAAUGACUUCAAAACGAAGCCUUCCUCAUCGAAGUACGCUAGCGUACCCAAUCCCGAAGCCAUCCUCGCACAGCCCUACAAAGAAUCAUUGACCGACAAGACGCUCGAAAAGACCUUCAUGGCCGUCGCAAAGAAGGAGUUCGAGAGCACCGUCGAGCACUCGAUGCGCUGCGCACGGCGAUGCGGCAACAUGUACACCGCGUCGCUGUAUGGCGGUCUCGCAUCGCUGCUCGCGAGCAUCGAGCCCACAGACCUCCGGGGCAAGCGCAUCAGUAUGUUCGCGUUUGGCAGCGGCCUCGCGAGCAGCUUCUUCACAAUCCGCGUUAAGGGCGACACGGCGCAGAUUAGGGAGAAGAUGGACCUCAUCGACCGUCUCGCGAGCAUGCAGGUCGUGCCCUGCCAGGAAUACGUCGACGCCUUGGAGCUUCGGGAGAAGAACCACAACGCAGGCUCGUACACUCCUGAGGGCUCGCUCGACAACAUCUGGCCGGGCGGGUUCUACCUCGAGAGUAUCGACAGCAAGUACAGACGCAAGUAUGGCCGCAAGGCCAAGGCAUGAACAACUUCCGGCCCCUUCUCUUUUCCGCUAUCAACUCGCAUCGUGAUAUCCAUCUCGCCAGCAUGAAAGCAUCGCAUAUCAUAUGUACUAUCACACUGCUUUUUGUUUCGUUCCUCACUUAUUUCUCGGUGCUUGUUGCUUUCGGUGUCGGAUCGAAGUUCGUAUGGCUGAUCGUCGGGCUUCGCUUAGAGUUCGUGCAUUCAUAGAUUCAUACAUGUAGUAGUAACAUUUGCACGGUGUUUAUCGAAUACUAAUGGAAGCUAUGGGUAUCUGAAAC